GUUAGCGAGCCUCGCUCAAGCCCUGAGCGCUCCCCUUCUCAGCGCUCACGCCGCUCGCGGCGCGCGCGGCGCUCCCGUCGCCCUCGGCGUUCGCGGCGUUCGCGCUCCCGGCGAUCCCGCGGCCGGGCAGGUGGUCCCGGAGUUUCAAAUCGCCACACCAUCAAUUGCUGGCACGGGCGUGCCUGCACACGCUUCACCUGUUGGUUCAAUCAUCCAGAUGGGCGGGAGAUCGAUGAGAAACCCAGCAGUGGUGGCAAGGGCGGCAAGAGCGGCAAGGGUGGCAAGGGCAAGGGCAAGGGUGGCAAGAACGUUCCCUGCACCUUCCGGCGCCGCAGCAAGACACCCUGCCGCCGGCGCUCUCCACAGAGCUCCAGCAAGAGCCGGACUCGCAGUCCUCGACGCAGGCGUAGCCUCAGCCGCUCCCCUUCUCAGAAGCAGCCGGCGCCGCGGCAUCUCACCCCGGCCCCGUCGGCCCCGUCUCCGUCCCCCUCAGAGGCACCGACAAAGACCGAGGCAGGAGUGCAUGCGGACGCAGAGAAGGCGAAGGCGGCGGAGCCCAGUUUCCGGGACUUUGUGCUAAAGCACGCCUCCAACGAGGACUCUCCAGAAUUUGUCAUGAACAGGUUCCAGCAGUACAUUCACGAAAGGCUGAAAGAAGAGCUGCAGGCAAUCAAGCAGACAGGGCUCUUCUUCGACCUUUAUCAUCCUCUCUCUCGGCUCCGGCGAUAUGAACUACGUCUUGGCACGACGCAGUUGAAUGCCGCAACCUUUGCUCAGGACCUGCGAGAGGGAAGGUACUGCGAGCUGUCCCUCCGAACAGGCCAGGCGCGACGCGGAGCCACCUGCCCCAUAGCUGGGCAUCUGCAAGCGCCCGAGUUUGCCUUCGACCCGGAUGUGGGAUCCUUGGUGAUUCGUAGCCUCCCACUGGCAGUGAGUGUAUGGGAUGUCCUGGAUGUGAUUCAGGAUCGCCCGGGGUUUUGCACUGCUGCCUGGACGAGUUUCGAAGGAACGGACCUGGCCCGAGACUUCUUUGCCAGGUUCACUUCAGCCGCGGAUGCCACCGCGGCAGCCGUCGUGCUCAUGCGGAGCGCAGAGACCCUGCUCAGCAGACCAGGAAGCGAAGGGACGGGCCGUGCUUCCGUUCUGAGCCCCAAGCCUGACUUGGCGGCGCUGGUGCUGCCGCAGGAGAUGUCACUUCCGGAGCGGCUUCUCAAGGACUUGGCUCUCUCCGAGCAGGUAAUCCAGCGCCUGGACGACCUCACGGAGGUGCCCAAAGACAUCACGGCCCUGGUGCUGAAUGCAUAUGGUACCACCGAAUUCAAGCUAGACCUUCGCGUCACCUACCUGCGUCGCGUGCACCACUUCUGCUUCUACGCCGCACGCUGGUGUGAUGACGAGUGGUCCUUGCGGGAUGCCUGCGGCAUCGCCACCUUGCGUGCGCCGGCACAGCCGGAGUGCACGCCGGGCGAGUGGUCCGCCGCUCAUGAGCAGCGACUGGAGAGCUUCCUGGGCAGCGUGUCCUUCGACAAACCUGCAGCUGCCCCUGACUACUCCAAUGAGCACGUGGUGCAACGCGUGGCCGAGGAGAGGGAGAAGGCGAUUCUGAAGGUCACGGAUGAGAAGUUCAAGUGCAAGUUGUGCGGCAAGCACUUCCGCGGAGCGGACUUUGUUCGAAAGCACAUCCGGCGCAUGCACUUGCCGCUGGCAGAG